AUGCCUUCACAAGCUGGUCGACAGCCGAUUUUGCCUCCAAAAGGACCGAAACAUUCCUUUCCUACAUCCCAUGAACCCGAGAAGAAACUGCGUGCGAUAAUAGACCUGGAAAUACCAUGGAAUACCGAGACCAAUGAUAAUCCCAACGACUUGAAAGAACCACUUCGUACAAGGAUCGACCAAGAGAACCUUGAGAUAGAAAGGGUGGAGGGUGUUGGCACACUUGGAAACAACACGGGUUUAUCUUUGGCAAAAGAAGCGAGAAGGCGAGCCACAUUUGUGACUAUUGCCAGAAAGAGGUUUCUGCAUUUGCAAUACAAAAGACGGAAUAAGAAGAAAAAAUGGGUGAGAUUUACCGAGAAAGACCAGGACGACAUCGAGGCAGGGAACAAUACAAUUCAUAGUGCAGAUAUUGUCGAGGAUGCGCACUUCUACAAAGGAGAAAACGCUCGACAGGACACUUACUUGUUCCAGAUGAUUUAUGCGAUCCCGCCCUCAGCGUUUGAUAAGGUUGGCCACUUGAGAAAGGUAGAGUAUGCCUCGGAUUACAUCGAUACCCUGGAGAAAUCUUAUGAGGAAUUCCGAAAGAGGGAUAUGACCGACAACACCACUCAGGCCUUUGUACGUACGACUUAG